UAUAUGUAACCCGUUAUGUAGUUGACAACAGUGCCGUGUGAAAAAGGUUCACGUUCAGGGACAUUUUCCUGUUGACAGUGAAAAUUAGUAAUUAGAAUGCCAAUUAACGCAUGCUGUGUUCUUAAAGGCGAUGGUGUCGUUACGGGUGUUAUUCAUUUUACACAAGAGGGUCCAGGUGCACCAGUAAAAUUGAGUGGCAAAAUUACAGGCUUAGCAGAGGGACAGCAUGGCUUCCAUGUGCAUGAGUUUGGAGACAACAGCAAUGGGUGUGUAAGUGCUGGACCCCACUUCAAUCCAAGUGGCAAAACUCACGGGGCUCCUCAGGAUGAGGAAAGACAUGCCGGAGAUCUGGGAAAUGUGACAGCAACGGCAGAGACGUGCGAUGUGAACAUCACAGACUGCAAGAUUACUCUGACUGGCCCGGAAUCUAUCAUUGGCCGUACCAUGGUGAUUCAUGCUGAUGUAGACGACCUUGGGAAGGGAGGUCAUGAACUCUCCAAGACGACAGGCAAUGCUGGAGCUCGUCUGGCAUGUGGAGUAAUUGGCAUCGCCAAGUAGGGUGAAGUCCAAAGUGUAGGCCCUCUCGAUGAUUGAUGUCCUUAGGCUCAAGGAAUUGGCGGUUAUGUUGUGUGAUAUUUAUGGAUGAUUCUGUUGUGUUGAAAUAACAAGUAAUCAAAGCAAGUGUGUAUGUGUUGAUUUUUUUGUUCAAUAAGAUAAUAUGCCAAAAACACCAGACUUUUAGGAGAUUUUCUUGCAUAGAAAUAGUGUCUAUUUUUGCAUGUUUUGUUUGUUAGUUCCAAAUUACAAUGCUUUUCUUUUGUUCUGACAUGGUAAUACAUCUUUGUUUUAAUCUUGUCUGAUACUGUAUUGUUUUAAGAAUGCCAGUAACCAGACACAAAUAUAUAUUACUAAAACAUUCUUCCACUAAAAAGUUCAAAGCCUUUUUUUCACAGUUUCAGUGAUCAUGUUAAUGUUUACUGAGUUAACUUUUAUACGCUUUCAUUGUAUUUUUCUGUGUUUUGAGUUUACACCAUAUUGGCAGCUUUUUCAGAAUGACAGAAGAGGUACAUAACAUAAGCCUGGAGCUGUUUAAUAAAUUCUGUCUAAUUUAUCCACUGAUUUAUUCUUAAGCAUAUCUGAAAGGUUUAAUUUUUGCAUAAUUUGUGUCAAAUGUUUUUGUAUGUUGUAUGCAUCAUGCUUAAAAAUUUAUUGUUUAAACAAAGUUAACAUUCUUAGAUGAGUGUAACCUGAAGCAAUGCGUUUCAAUGCACUUGGGAGAAAAGUUGUUCUGUUUUGUGAAUGAAAAUUGUGGCUUUUGAAUGCCAUCCUUGUAAUAUGUUUAAAACUUUAAAUGUUUACAUAUACAAGAUGUAUUGUAUAAUGUGGGCAAAAUGUUGAUGAAUAUUAUGAUUGAACAAAUCAUUGGAGAAAAGUAAUUUCAGCGCAUUAUUCAAUGGAAAAUAUUGUUAUACAUAAAUAUAUGUACUUAAAAAUUGAUACAUAGAAAAAUAAAAUGAUAACUGGAUAAUAA